UCUUUCCAUUGGCGCCUUAAUUCGAAUCCUGCGCGGUGACGUCACGAGUCGCGUCCGAGCCACGUCGCGGCGGGUUCAUUACGCCUGCGCGCAAAGCAGCAAGAUGGCGGACAGUGCGGAACUGAAGCAAAUGGUUAUGAGUCUUAGAGUCUCUGAGCUGCAAGUGCUGUUGGGAUACGCUGGGCGCAACAAACACGGUCGUAAACACGAACUGUUAACCAAAUCACUUCACUUGCUUAAGGCUGGGUGCAGCCCUGCUGUGCAAAUGAAAAUCAAGGAAUUGUAUCGGCGGAGGUUCCCUUUAAAAAUUUUGACUCCUGCUGACUUCUCUUUGCCCAAUGUGCAUUCAAGCUCUAUGCCAGUCAACCUGUCACCAUCCUCCAUUCCUCAGCUCUCCUAUGAUGGCCAUCCAGCAUCUUCUCCAUUACUGCCAGUCACCCUCCUCCCCAAACAUGAACUGGAUCUCCCACACCUCACUUCAAAUCUCCACCCUGUCCAUCCGGAUAUCAAACUUCAAAAACUUCCUUUCUAUGACCUGCUGGAUGAGCUUAUUAAACCCACAAGUUUAGCAUCUGAUAAUAGUCAGCGCUUUCAAGAAACUUGCUUUGCGUUUGCAUUAACACCGCAACAAGUACAGCAGAUAAGCAGCUCAAUGGAUAUCUCUGGGACAAAAUGUGACUUCACAGUACAAGUGCAGCUCAGGUUCUGUCUCUCUGAGACAAGCUGCCCCCAAGAAGAUCAUUUUCCACCCAACCUGUGUGUAAAGGUGAAUGGAAAACCAUGUAACCUUCCAGGGUAUCUUCCACCAACUAAAAAUGGGGUUGAACCAAAGCGACCUAGUCGACCAAUCAAUAUUACCUCACUUGUACGACUUUCCACAACAGUUCCAAACACGAUUGUGGUGUCAUGGACUGCAGAAAUUGGGAGGAAUUUUUCUUUGGCUGUUUAUCUGGUGAAGCAACUUUCAUCGGCCAUCUUGCUACAGAGACUGCGAGCGAAAGGAAUCCGCAACCCUGACCAUUCCAGGGCUCUAAUUAAGGAGAAGCUCACAGCUGAUCCAGACAGUGAAAUUGCCACAACCAGUUUACGUGUCUCCCUCCUGUGUCCGCUUGGCAAGAUGCGAUUGACCAUCCCCUGCCGGUCUCUAACAUGCUCACACCUUCAAUGCUUUGAUGCCACACUUUACAUUCAGAUGAAUGAGAAGAAGCCCACCUGGGUGUGUCCUGUUUGUGACAAGAAAGCCCCAUAUGAGCAUUUAAUCAUAGAUGGUCUCUUUAUGGAAAUCUUGAAGUGCUGCACAGACUGUGAUGAAAUACAGUUUAAGGAAGAUGGCUCCUGGUCACCCAUGCGAUCAAAGAAGGAAGUACAGGAAGUCACAGCCUCUUAUAAUGGAGUGGACAGUGGGUGCAUCAGCAGUUCAGUUGAGCAGCAGUUGUCCUCGAACCAACAAUCCUCCAACAAAAACAGGAAAGUGGAAGUAAUUGACCUGACGAUAGACAGCUCUUCUGAUGAGGACGAAGAGGAACCCUGUCCCAAGAGGAGUUGCCCAUCCAUUACUCCUGCAUCUCCUCUCAGCAAUAAGAGUAUGUUGAAUCUCCAGCACCAGGCCUCUCCAAUCUCUCGAACUCCUAGCCUACCGCCUGUUGACUCCACAUACAUCAAUGCGCCUUUACUUCAGGACUAUCGGCAUCCCUUCCACAUGACACACAUGCCGUAUGACUUACAAGGUCUGGAUUUCUUUCCUUUUCUGUCUGGAGAAAACCAGCAUUACAACACAUCACUGUUGGCAGCAGCUGCUGCUGCCGCAUCAGAAGAACCGGAUUUGCUUCAUUCUUCGCGUUUCUUCCCCUACACCUCUUCCCAGCUUUUCUUGGACCAGUUAAAUGCAAGCGCAAGCUCUUCUUUGCCAGCAACUAACGGGAGCAACAGUGGCAGUAACAGCAGCUUGGUAUCGUCCAACAGUCUUCGUGAGUCCCACAGUGCCCCCAGCCGUGGGCCGGCAGACAGCUCCUCACUUUAUGGCAUCAUACCAGAUGUUAUCUCUUUGGACUGAUUGACAGAUGCAGGACCCCCUACCACCUGAUUUCUUUAUUUUAUUAAUUUUUUUAAGGGAAAUGCUAAAAAUACAAAAAAAAGCUAAAUACAUGUACAGAGAACAGAACUAUAUUUUCAGUUUUAAUUUUGUAUAUAAACCGAAGACUUUAAUCAUCUGAUAAAACUGAGACCUGUUACUCACUCUCCCCCCACUUCAUUUUAAUUUUUUAACCUAACCCCAGAGAUUGACUCUUGGCCUGGAGAUUUCUGACUUUUUUUUUUUUUUUUAAAUAAAUAAAGCUCCCCGGUGUUGCUCAUCCCACUGCACUUCACAGCAGCCAUCAUAUUGGUGUGAUCUGAGCUGCCUCUACCACUUCUAGUAAUCCAUACUGAAGGAUUCCGUGAAAACCGUCUCAAUCAAAUCUGCACUUCUUUACGGCAAUCCAGGUGAGCUCUGGGGCAGUACAGAUACUCUGACAUUGGCUUCCCCUUUUAACCCAACAACGAUUGAGUUUGGAGUUUCAAAAUGCUUUGCUGCCAAAUGAACAGUUCAGAAUAAAGCACUUCAAUCUGCAAUCAGCACUAAAUAAAUGUCAGAUUGUAUCUAUUAUUUGGCCUGGGCUGAGCUAAAAGUGGAUUUAAUUCAUUGUAGUCCUGGCACAGGCACUUGAGUGACAAUAAGAUGGUUGUCCCCUUCCUGUUUGGUUCCAUCUUUCUCAUCUGCUGUCCAAUCUAAGAGAGAUUUCAGUUUCAGCUACACCUCCUUGCAGCAUUUAGUAAACCGCUAGGAGUUUGGUGUAUUAUUACUCUCUGUAUUCACCUCUGAAUAUCCAUUUGAUAAAAACAAGAAAAUGAAAAUGACCGCAUCGUAGCAGUCCUACCCCCAACAGUUCUCUUUUUACUGAAAUAUUGUAUAAGGCUUUUAACCUGAUGUUUAUUUACCCUCCCCCCCAAACAGAAGAGCAAAUAGGUAUAAUUAAAUGACACUUUAAGCAGUAUUCAUUGUGUGGUCAAAGGGUGGGUAACCUACUGUAAAGCAGAGGGUGUCAUUAUAUCUG